AUGGUAGAUGGAAAGCCCAUCAACCUCGGAUUAUGGGAUACUGCUGGUCAGGAAGAUUAUGACAGACUCCGGCUCUCUCCUAUCUCAGACAGAUGUCUUCUUAUUUUGUUUUCUCUUAGUAAAUCCUGCAUCUUUCGAGAACGUGAAGCGAAGUGGGUACCAGAAGUCCGACAUCAUUGCCCCAGCACACCUAUCAUCCUCGUUGGAACUAAACUUGAUUUGCGAGAAGAUAAGGAAACAAUUGAGAAACUGAAGGAUAAGAAGUUAGCACCAAUCACAUACCCACAG